AUGGCCUCCGAACUUCGCCGGCGAACAAUCGCCGUGGAUGUACCGCCCGAGUCCCCUACCCUGGAGUCCGCCUCCCGCAAUGAGAGCCCGACGAGGUUGACAGACAAGCUCGAGCACACAAGGCAACAUGGCCACAAGAAAGAAACACGCAAGAGAACCAGUACUUUCAUCUUCCUUCUGGGCAGCUUGUUUGGCAUAAUAGCGGCUGGCUUCCUGGCCAAGAGCAACAACUUAAUAGACUUUCCCGAGAUUGGGGAGCUGAGUAUGGACAGCUUUGUAGAUGUUCUUCCAGCUGGUUUGGUGAAGGAUAUGAGAGACCUCGUGAAAGGAGAACGCGAGUUCGUCGAUAGCUACGACGCCUUUUCCGUCGGCCUCAAAGCGAAGAGCGAGGGCCUCCACGUCCACCACCCCAUUAUCAUGAUACCCGGUGUCAUUUCGACCGGUCUCGAGUCCUGGGGCACCCAGAACGCCUCCCGCCAAUACUUCCGGAAGCGCUUGUGGGGCAGCUGGUCCAUGAUGAGGGCUUUGGUCCUCGACAAAGAAAAUUGGAAAACCCAUAUCAUGCUGGACAAAUAUACAGGCCUCGAUCCGCCCAAUGCCAAGUUGAGGGCAGCCCAGGGUUUUGAUGCGACCGAUUUCUUCAUUACCGGCUAUUGGAUAUGGAAUAAGAUAUUUGAGAACCUCGCCUCACUUGGCUAUGACCCCACCAACUCCUUCACUGCUGCGUAUGAUUGGAGAUUGUCUUACCAAAAUCUCGAAGUGCGCGAUCUGUACUUCACCAAGUUGAAGAACCACAUUGAAAUCGCCCAAAGCUUCUCUGGCAAGAAGGUCGUUCUGGCUUCGCAUUCCAUGGGAGGCCAGGUUCUAUUCUAUUUCCUCCACUGGGUGGCUUCCAAGAAGGGAGGCAACGGCGGCGACGACUGGGUUGAGAAACACAUCGAGGCUUGGAUCAACAUUAGUGGCUGCAUGUUAGGCACCGUCAAAGACAUUGCAGCAGUCAUGUCAGGUGAGAUGAGAGACACGGCGCAGCUUAACGCAUUUGCUGUAUACGGUCUAGACAAGUUCUUGAACAAGGAUGAGAGAGCAGAGAUUUUCCGAGCAAUGCCCGGAAUCUCGUCAAUGUUACCGAUCGGGGGCGAUCGGGUUUGGGGGAAUCUCACCUGGGCUCCUGACGAUCAGCCUGAUCAGAAACACUCCUACGGCUCCGCCCUCAACUUCCGUGUCGGUGGUAAUUGGACGGCCCCUGAAAGAAACUUCACCGUUGGCGAAUCAUUGGACUAUCUUAUGAACACAACCGAGGACUGGUACCAAUCCAUGCUCAAAGGGUCUUACUCACGUGGUGUGGCCGACACAGCCAAAGAGGUCAAUGCCAACGAGGACGACCCCGUAAAAUGGAUCAACCCGCUCGAGACACGGUUACCCUUGGCACCAAGCCUCAAAAUAUAUUGCCUCUACGGAGUCGGCAAACCUACAGAACGUUCAUACUACUACCGUGCCCCGGAUAUGCCACACCUGACCAACCUCAAUAUCACCAUCGACACAGGCCUUACAGUAGACAACAUCGACCACGGCGUCAUAAAUGGAGAAGGAGAUGGAACUGUGAAUCUCUUGUCGAUCGGCUAUAUGUGCAACAAGGGUUGGAACAUGAAGCGCUACAACCCCGCUGGAGUACAGGUCAAGGUCUAUGAGAUGUUGCAUGAACCGGAGAGGUUCAACCCACGGGGAGGGCCAAAUACGGCGGAUCAUGUUGAUAUUCUCGGGCGACAGAGUCUCAACGAACUCGUCUUGAGGAUAGCUGCCGGUAAGGGUCAUACCAUUGAGGAAAACAUUGUGAGCAAUAUUAGGGAGUAUGCGGAUAAGGUGAAGAUAUGGGAGGAGGGAGAGAAGCCGAAGGAUGAAUGA